AUGACCCCCUCAGACACCGUAGCUCCCCUCCUCCAAAUCCCCUGGAUCGCCCGCCAACUCAACCAACCCAACACCAUCUGCGUCCCACCCACCUGCCGCGCCCCAAAGCCCGACCUCGAAGACAGCCUGAUCGCCGAAACCCUCAAAACGCCCCGCACGCUCACCUCCGUCGUCUGCUUCUACACCCAACCCCCGGCCACGCAACCGCACGUCCCGGAAGUCAACAUCGUCAUGACGAUGGGCGACGGCAUGAACGGGCAUCCGGAUACGCUGCACGGAGGCAUCACGGCGAUGAUGAUCGACGAGGGUUGUGGGAUUUAUCAGGGCGUGAACCGCGAGCGGGAGAAUUCGUUGUCGGGGUCGAGUGGUGCGGAGAGUAGUUAUACGGGGGAGUUGAAGGUGAGGUAUGAGAGGCCGAUUAGGACGCCGGGGGCGGUUGUGGUUAGGGCGAGGAGGGUGAGGAGGGAGGGGAGGAAGGAGUGGAUUUUGGCGGAGGUGAGGCAGUGGGUUGGCAGUGGGGAGGGGGAGGGGGAGGGCGACGAGGUGGUUUGUGCGAGGGGGGAGGCGCUUUUUAUUGUGCCGAGGGGUGGGGGGAAGAUUAAGUUGUGA